UUCAAAAUUCUCAGUAUUUACAAUAUUCUUAUUUUUUGAAUUUAAAAUAAAUUAUGAAAUUAAGUUUUUGGAAAAAUUUUCCACUAACAAAACAAUGGAUUUUUUUGACAUUAAUGAUGAACAACUUUAUAUGUUUGAAUUUCUCAUUCAUGAAAUUAAUUUAACGAAUGAAUCGAAAAAAUUAAUUGGCAAAACAUUGAUAUGUGUUCGUUUAAAAUUUCUCGACUAUCCAAUAAUUAAUUUAAUUCCCGAAGUACCGAUAAAUAGUAAAAAGAAGAAAUCAUCAAAAGAUGAUAAAUCAAAAUCAACAUCUAUUAAUUUUAAUAUGGGAAAAUCGUGUCUUUUUUCAAUAAAACCCUACGAUUUAAUUCAAGCAAUACGUUCAAAAUCAUUGAAUAUUGGAAUUUAUACAAUGGAUGAAAAAAAUUCUGAAGAAAAUAGUGAGGAAAAAGAAGAAAUUCCCAUUUCUCAAUGUGAUGUUCUAUUAUCGGGUUGUCUUUGUGAUCAAAUAAUGAUGUCAAUGAAUGAUAGAAAUCAUCUUCCUAAACCUUAUGUCUUAAAAAAUACCUACAAUCUCAUUGGCGAUGAUGGAAAUCCAUUUGGGACAAUAACAUUAUUUUUACGAUUAUCCUGCUGUGGAAAAACAAUUGAAACACAAUUUGCAUUAAGAGAAAAUUCCUGUUUUUUGAAAAAUUCCACAUCAUUCAAUGAAUUUCAAUGUAUUCAUUUUUCUAAUGUUGCAAAAAAAGAAGAACAAAUCAUUAGAGAAAAAUCAAUUGUUGAAAAUUUACAAAAAAUUGAUGCAAAAGAAAAAAAUUCCAAAAAUGAAAUUAAAGAAAAUAAUUCACAAAAUGAAAUAAAAGAAUUAUUUAGAACACAAUUUAAAACAUUUAAUGAGAAAGAAAAUGAAAAUUGUUCCAAUUCUUUGAAAUUUUGUUCCGGUGGUCUUUGUUUGGGAACAAAAUUAUUUAAUUCUCCCAAAAAUUCAUUUUCACGAUUGAGAGGCGGAGGAUGCUACGCAAAUAACGGAAGAGAAAAGCAGCUGCAAGUAAUGGAUAAGAAUUUUUCACAUCAAUUAUCAAUGGAAACAUUGGCCCAAGGUGCUUGUAAAUCAAUUUGGAAAGGAAGUGCAACAUCAAAAAAAAAAAUAGGAUGUGGAUGUUUUGGAAAAGGAAAAUUAAAUUUAAAGGGAAAUUGUUCAAAAAAGCCCUGCACUGGAGUUGAUUGUUUUAUAAGAACUUUAAAAGAAACACAAGAAUUUGUUGAUUCUCUGGGUAAAAUUCCUGGAUUAGCAGGUUUAGGACUAAUGGAUCCUGAAGAAAGUCCUUAUUUUGGAAGACAAGAGGAUGACAAUAUUGAUACUUGUCAACAAAAGGGUAAAAAAUUCUCCGAUCAAAUUCAAUCUUCCGAUGAAACAAAAACGUCAAUUAAAAGUAAAAAGGUUGGAGAAAAUAAAUCCAAGGACCAAAUAGAGACUCCAAUCUACACUGCGAAACAUACAUUGCCUUUUAUUUUAAAUCGAAUUCAUUCAGACGAAACAAAAAUUAAAAUCAAUCGCAAAUCAAAAAAAGUUGAUAAUACAAAAGUAAAAUUACAAAAUACAGAUCAAAAAUUAGAGGAAACAAUAAAAAUCGAAGGUGGUCCAUGCGGCGAUUCAGAAUGUAAAUCAAGAAAAAAAAUCGAUAAUGAAAAUUCCAAAAUUCCCCCUAAUGAAUUUUCAAACGCCUCCAAAUCGAAAACAUCCAUUAAAAAUGAACAUAAAAAUCAAAAAAUCAAAAAACGAAAAAAAGGCUCCAUCAAUACAAGAAAUUCUCAAACAUCCAAUACAUCGCCAAUAAAAGUGAGUAAAAAUUUAAUGACACACAUCUAUUCAUUACGAGAACGUAAUCCAGGAAUUGUUUAUGGUCACAAAAAUUGUUUGGAUUUAAAAUUACGUGUGCCAAAAAAUAUGGGAUGGCUUUGGAAUUCAAAAAAUAAUUUAGGAAGACCACCGGCAAAAAUUGGUUGGAAACCAGGCGCUAUUAAUAAAUAUGUUUAUUAUCUAUUGAAAAAAGCAAAAGAACAAUCAUUGGAAUUAGAUGAUGAUGAUGACGAUGAACCGCCAACACCUGUUAAAAUAAUGAAAAAAACAAAUACACCUGGUUUAACGAAUUUUCAAACAAUUGGCGGUAGACAUCAUCGACGUGUAAAAAAAGAAGAAGAAUCAAAACAAAAAAUUGAAUUACCACCAACUUUACAUAUUCAUAGAAAAAAUGGAAUAUAUUAUAUAACAAUGUAUCCAAUUAAAGCGGAAAAUAAUGGAAAUUCUGAUUUACAACAAACAGUGAAACCACUUCAAUUUAAAAUUACCAAAGAUAGAGAAAAUGAUGAUUGCACAUCGGAAUCAUCGAUUUCCGAUAUGGAAAUUGAAUUUUCACCACCUGCCGCUAAUAAUCGUUAUCGUGUUAAACCCGAAACAAAAACAAUUGGCACACAAUUAAAACAACAGGAUAUUUUAGAUGCUUAUAAUAAAUCAACGAAUUUAAAAUCAGUUAAGAUUAAAAAAUAGAAUAAAAAAAAAAAAGAAUAACAAAAAGUUAUUUUUCGAAAAAAAUUUUUUUUCUAUUUCUGAUACAAUUUUAAAAUAAUCUAAUAAAUUGGUAAGGAAAAAAAGAGUUUUUAAAGUCCUAG